CAGUCCCUUUGACAGCUGUCAGUCGGUUGGGCGAAAAUUGCGCGCCAAACGCGCCACAACAACGUCGCUUUGUUGUGGAAUUGGAAGAAACUCGCAUUGGGGACAGAUUUUGUGUGUGUGGUCAGUGUUUUGUUUUUAAUAAAAACCUCCGCAAAAUGAUCAACUCCAGGCAGAACUAUCUGAACGCGAAGCGCUUUUCGGCGGAUCUGGCGCUGGAGCACAUCAUCCCGCACAACGUGUGCUUCUACCUGAUACCACCGAUCGUGGACCUGACGUUCGACGAGUUCGAGAAGCUGGCCCUGGAACGCCUAAAGAUGCUGCGGCUGCUCGAGCAGGUGACGGCCAAAAACCCGAAAGUGUCCUCGGAAGCGUGGCGCGAGGCAGUCCUGGCGGAGGUCAAUCACGAGGGGCUGCGAACGUACGCCAAGCUGGCGCGCGGCAACCUGAACGACGAUGCCAGCAAGGCGGCCCGCCGACGAGACUAUCUGUCCCACUUCAUCCUGCGGUUCGCCUACUGCCGGUCAGAGGAGCUGCGGCGCUGGUUCGUGGCGCGCGAGAUGGAACUGUUCCGGCUCAAGUUCGGCGCGCUGUCGAUGCGCGACGUGAAGGACUUUCUCGAGGUGUACGAGCUCGACUACAAGCCGCUGUCGGACGAGGAAAAGCUGGACAUUUCCGAGCAUCUGUGCGCGAGCACGUACAACCACACGCGGCUCAAGAUGGAAUCGACCGACUUCUACGCGGUGCACUUUACCGAGGUGCUGAAUCUGGUGCGCGACCGCAAAUGCUUCCUCAAGGCGGGUGUCGCGUACAUCACGCCCGACCACUUCACGCACGUGAUCGGCAAGAAGCACCAGCAGCUGAUCGAGGACGGGCUGAAAGGUCAUCUGCGCCUGCUGCCGACGCUGGAAAUCGACGAGCGGUUCGCGAUGCUGCUGAAAUCGAUCCACACGUCGUACACGGGCAAAAACUACACGGUGGCCAAGACGGGCAGCGUACCGGUGGAAAGUCUCGACCAGCUGUCGAAGAAAUCGUUCGCGCUGUGCAUGCGCAACGUGCACGAUACGCUGCGCGCGACGCACCACCUGAAGCACGUGGGCCGCAUGCAGUACACGCUGUUCCUGAAGGCGAUCGGCGUCACGAUGGAGGAUGCGCUGCGCUUCUGGCGCGAGGAGCUCACCCGCGGCAAGGUGCCGAUCGAGAAGUUCGAGAAGGAGUACGCGUACGCGAUCCGGCACAAUUACGGCAAGGAGGGUUCGCGCAUCAACUACUCGCCGUUUUCCUGCAUGAAGGUGAUCACGACACCGAUCGGGCCGGGGGAAACGCACGGCUGUCCGUUUAAGAAUCUCGAUUCCAGCACGCUCAAGAUGAAGCUGACCGGUUACGGGCUGAGUGCGAUCGAUGCGGACGAGGUGGCCGGGUAUGCGGCGAAGGGGCACUAUCAGAUCGCGUGCGGGAAGUAUUUUGAGGUGGUGCACGAAACGAAACUGGAGGAGGGCAUUAACCACCCGAAUCAGUACUUCGAGCUGAGCCAGCUGACGAUGGAAGGGAAGGAGCGGCCACGGCAGGGGCCCGCAAACCAGUCGGCCCGCUGGAACAGCCAGCCGAACAGCCAGUCGACGCAGGACGGCGGCAUGGUGGGCGAUUCCAGCACGCUGAACGGGGCGGACGAUGAUCUGGAGCUUUGGGAAAUCAUGGAAUCGAAGGAGAAGGAAACGGAUGCGGACGGUACGAUGCUUGCGGUACCGGUGGCGGAGAGUUUGAGCAAGAAAGUCAGCCCAAAGCAAACGAAAGCGGCGCAGGAAUGGGAUGACGAUGAUUUUGAUAUGCUGGAAUUUAACGAGUAACGUGGUUGGGAGGAAGGGGGGGGUGGUCUAUUUUUAUUUAUUAGUCAAUAACAGGUUCGUUGUACUUUUUUUAUAAACGCAAUGGACAUUAACAUUAAUAAAACGUACGUUUUAA